UGUCAGACCAUAGUGUGAGGUAAGCAGAUCAGCGCUGCCCACGCCACAGAAGAACAUGCGUUUGUGUCGUACCUCAUCCAAUUCUUUACAUUGUGGAAGAGCGGAACUGUCUCAUUGUAGCCGUCUUAUAAAACUGAUUCCACACUACUACGAUUUCUAAGCACCGUUUUGGUGGGAAAAGCUUAGAGUUACGAGGUUUGGAAAUCUCCCCGUUCAGCCGUUUGUGAAUGAUUUACCUGUGUCGGACUAAAAGGGAAGAGUGCAUGAAAGAUCUCAAGGCUACUCUGUGCUCAACACUGGGAGGCCGGCUGAACAAACCGGAGAAGGAUCCCUGCCUUUCCAAAAACAUCGUCCCCUCACUGUCUUCUCCCACGAUGGCUCUAGCCUCCUUCCAACUAAUGCAAACUCUAAAGAACUCUCCAGCGGCUUUACGCCGGCGAUUUCGCCGCGACCGCACAGAGAGCUUGUCUCACGGCGAUCCCCUUUUCAAGGUGCACUACCUUGGCACAAAGAAAAUAUUCUCCUUAGACCUGGAGCAGGCCGAGGACGCCAUUGAUCGACUGCUAGACGGAGCCCCUGGGAAGCUGUCUAAAGAUCACGCCCUGGUAGUGCGACCGCGAUACGUUGAGGUUAAAGAACUGAGCACAGGAAGGCAACUCACAAAGACCUACUUGCAGGACAUUGCGUACUGUGCCUCGCACACGGCCAGGCCUAACGUGUUUCUGUACAUAUGCAGACAGCCUGGUCAGCAGUUGCAGUGCAGGGUUUUCUGGUGCAGUCGGGCAGAAAGGGCAAAAGACAUGACGGCCUGCCUGGCGAUGUCUUUUCAGCAAGCCCUCAAUGACUGGCAGGGUGGGUGCGCCACAUUGCCACAGGGAGAUGGAAUCAGUAAAGAACCGGAGAUGACUGGUACGCCCAGUGCACCCAGAGUAUCAACGUUGCCAGCUAGCUUGGGAAAAGUUCGUUGGAAGAAAAGAGGUUCAGUAUCCCGCAGUCCUCUCCGUGCCAUCAGCAGACGAGGUUCUGCCAGUGACAACUGGCAUUGAGGACCACACCACCAUGGUUUUGUAAUGAGUGGGGAUUUUCGGCAUAAAUGUGAGAAACUGAAACCUGGUGGAACUUUUGAACUCUGGCAGAAAUGUCACCUCCUUAAUGCAAGGUAGUGCAGAGUCUGUGUUUUAAAUGGCAUUUGAGGUUAUUGAUUCACCAAAAUAAUGCUUUGCAGUUUAGAAAGUUCAUGUGGUCAUGUUGGUUUCACAUCACAGCACGAUGACAUACUUGUCUAUACCCAUAAUGGACAAAAGUAACCAAAGCUGACAUCUGGGUUAGACCUGUAUCUAUCAAUAAAGCAAGUAUAGGCUUUUAAAGCUAUAUACAGUAUGUAUCACAGAGUUAAGCGUUUAUAGACAACAGUUCUCCUCGCACGUACACGUCACAUGUCUGAGUACACAUGUCUGGUUGGUGUGUGAAUGUGAGUGAUGAACAGUGAAACAGUGUAGUGUUUGUUUGUAUUGGGAUGUGUGCGGGAAGUGGGUGGAUGCAUGACGGUAAACUGUUGCAGGACCAGAAGAGAUUUAUUUUUCAACAAAACAAAAAUUGUUUCUCACAUGUACAAAUAUAAAAUUUUAUUUUACUGAAAUUUUAAUAAUGUUGAAUUCGUUUUACACCGACAAAGGUAUAACCAAAAGUCUUGAAAAUCAUAGUCAAGUCUGCCUUGUCAAAUUGAUUUAGUUUUUGAUUCAUGGAAGCAUAGCUUAUAAGAGAUAAAGAAUAGUAGUUAUGCUGUGUGCUCUUACAUGCACUUGCAUAGCAGCAUCAUUCCCACCUCCCAACAGCCUUUCUCCCAAAAAACAUUUUUCUCCAAUUAUUUAAAGAUUGGAGCACAAUGUAUUGCCAGUACAAACAUGCAUUUUUUUCCAAGGACACCAAGUUAUUUAGACUAACAAAGCAUUUUUAUCUUGCUUGGUUUAUGCAACUGAGUAUUUUGAAUAGAGGCAUCCUACUUCGUAUGGUUGGUACAAUUGGCUUUUUUAUUUUACUGGUGCUGUUUUAUAUAUGGUCACUGAGAGUUAUCAUAUGUAGGUAACUAAACAGUACAUCAUGGUGUUAAAGAUUAUGCCCGAUGUUUUGGGUUAGUCAAGCCAACAUUUCUUUCAUUUUAAUCUUAUGGAUUUUAUUUAAGCCAUAUUAAAUUGCUUCCCGCACUACAACGACGUCAGAUCUUUUCUUGGAUCUGUUGUGUCAGCUUUUUAAGGUGUUUGAUAUUCAAUGAAUGUUCAUGUACCUUAUUUUAAAUGUUUAUGCGUGUAUAUUUAAAUAUUAAAUGUAUUUUAUUGAAUAUUAAACUUUUUAUAUUUUAAA